AACGUUCACUCUGCAUUCUCUGUUUGCUCAUCCUCAGCAUCAAAGGUUUAGAGUUACUGCAGUAGGACCAUGUCUGUGUCUCGCCAAACAGUCUAUUCUGUUGGAGGUACCAACAAAAGAUUCAGUGCUUCUUCUGCUGUACCAGUUGGGGGAACCCGAAGCAGCUUCAGCACUCUCUCUGUCUCUCGCGCUGGUGGUGGAGGUGGCCGUUCUAGCUAUGGUGGCUUUGGGAGCAGAAGCCUUCAAAAUGCUGGUGGAUCUAGGAGAAUUGCUGUUAGUUAUGGGGCACCAUCACAUUUUGGUUACAACAGUUCUGGCAUGGAAUCUCACAUUGGCACCAACUAUGGUUCAGAUAUGAUGUCUGGAAUUGGCAUGAAUCAUGGUGCCUUUGGUGGUCCUGGAUUUCCAGUGUGUCCACCUGGUGGCAUCCAAGCAGUAACUGUUAACCAGACCCUGCUAGCACCUCUAAAUCUGGAAAUUGACCCAGCUAUACAGAGAAUUAGAACAGAAGAGAGAGAACAAAUUAAGACCCUCAACAACAAGUUUGCCUCUUUUAUUGACAAGGUUCGGUUCUUAGAGCAACAGAACAAAGUUUUGGAGACAAAAUGGAGGCUCUUGCAAGAACAGGGGGUAAAGAGUGUGAAAUGUAAUAUUGACCCUCUGUUUGAAGCCUACAUUAGUGCCUUGAGAAGGCAACUGGAUAGCCUGUCCAGUGAAAAAGUCCGUUUGGAUUCAGACCUAAGACAGAUGCAGGAUGCUGUAGAAGAUUUCAAGAAGAAAUAUGAAGACGAAAUCAACAAGCGCACCUCUGUAGAGAAUGAGUUUGUGGUUCUCAAAAAGGAUGUGGAUGCUGCUUACAUGAACAAAGUGGAGCUGGAGGCAAAGCUGAACGGUCUGACAGAUGAGAUCAACUUUUUACGAGUCCUCUAUGAAGCGGAGCUCGCCCAGAUGCAGACUCAGAUCUCUGAUACUUCAGUUGUCUUGUCCAUGGACAACAACAGGAACCUGGACCUGACUGGUAUCAUUGCUGAGGUGAAGGCUCAAUAUGAGGAUAUCGCAAACAGAAGCCGGCAAGAAGCAGAGUCUUGGUACCAAACCAAAUAUGAGGAAUUGCGACAGUCUGCAGGGAGACACAGUGAUGACCUCAGAAAUACCAAGACAGAAAUCUCUGAGCUAAACCGCUUGAUUAGCAGACUACGAUCUGAAAUUGAGAAUGCAAAAAAACAGUGUGCCAAACUACAAAUUGCCAUUGCUGAGGCUGAGGAACGUGGGGAGCUUGCUCUGAAAGAUGCCAGGAAAAAACUGGCCGACUUGGAGGAGGCGCUUCAGAAAUGCAAGCAGGACAUGGCUCGCCAACUGCGUGAUUACCAGGAUCUCAUGAAUGUGAAGCUGUCUCUAGAUAUUGAAAUUGCCACCUAUAGAAAACUGUUGGAAGGAGAGGAAUGCAGGUUGUCAGGAGAAGGUGUUGGACCAGUAAACAUAUCUGUCGUAAGCUCUGGCUACGGGGGCGGAAGCGCAAGUGGUCUUGGCUAUGGAAUGGGAGGUGGAAGUGGCUUCGGAUCAGGAAGUGGGUAUGCCAUUGGCGGAGGGCAAAGCUUCGGAGGAGGAAGUAUGGGAGGAAGUAUGGGAGGAAGUGGCUUCUCUUUACACAGCGGGAAAAUGGCAUCCUUUGGACCUGGAAGUGGGAGCGGUUCAAGUGUAAAAAUUGUAUCAAAAACCUCCACAAGCUCUAGAAAGCUUUAAUCUCACUCCUCAAACCAACCCACUCCACACAAAUAAUGCCAACUAUAUAUUCCAAACAUGCCUGUAACAGCACAUGCCUAGAGAUAUAAAGCAUAUCUGUGGCAAUUACAGCAAUGUUCUACACAAGCCUUUGCAUUUUGGUUAUUUCACUUGCAUCCUACAGAUGUCCCUGUCUUGAAGAAGUUGUGAUAGGUGACACUUUAAGACAGAUCCCAGAAACAAAAUGUACUGUAAAACACAAGAGAAAACACUGAUACUGCUUAGAGAGUAGAUAUUGUUUGGUUAUUAUUUUGUAAAUGCACUAAUUUGCCACAGUUUUGCUUCUACCAAUAAAUCCUUUCUUUCUGACAUUUUCUUAAUAAACUGCAAUCAUUCUUAUGCACCA